GAAAGUGAAAAGGUAGUGCAUAGUGUCGAGUGGCGAAGAGGUGUACAUCGAAGGCAGACAUGGCUUUACUCCGGCGUCACGGUCCACUGCCCUCAGAAACCAUUCGUCGUCAAUGUGGCUAGAGGAUGUUGCAGAAUUGAAUUAUCAAACGCCUCUAGACUUGGCAAUUCUGGUUCAGAGACUGUUCACACCAUUGAGUACGAUUUGCUUCGGACUUCUGGGUGGAGUGGCACUCAUGCAGUCGUUUCUGUCUUAUGGUUAUCUCCAAUCAAACAAUAAAGUUGAAGAUCUGUUCAUGUUCAUGGAGUCUUACACAAUAUUUGCAAGAGUCGCUCCGACAACCUUCUACAUUCUACUAGCUGUUUGCAUAGUUGCUGUUUUCGACAGGUUUGAUUUGGCGCAUUUGGAUUUGACUCAUUGCACAGAUACGAUGUUCAACCGUCAGGGCUGGUUUCUCCUCAUCAUUUACUUGCUGACCCUUCUUCUCACUCUAUGGUCUGCAGAACUUGAUGACAUGCUAAUGCUGUAUCCUCAUGACAAGUCAUUCACAAAAAAUCGUGAGGAGCUGUAUAAUAAGCUUUCGCAGUGGCAUACGUUGAAUGUAUGUCGUUGCAUAUUUGCAAUGCUCGGGUGGCUGGUGAUAUCCAUCACAGAACCGGAGGAUCUCCUUCUACAGCAUCUGAAAGCCAUCAAACAGUUCGACGUUCAGCCAAAAGACAUACUCCUUGUCAGCAGUCCAUCCUCUACAGCACGAUAUUGAAAACUAAACACUUGAAAUAUUUUUAAAACUAAAUCAAAAUAUUCUUCAAUCAAAACUGGAAAUUUGAUGAUCGAAAUAUUUUUUAGUUCAACAAAAAUAUUUUUUGUCAAUACUGGUAAUUUGAUGAUCAAAAUAUUUUUUUAGUCAAAACUUGAAAUUUGAUGAUCAAAAUAUUCGUCAAUCAAAACUAGAAAUUAGAUAAUCAAAAAUAUUUUCAGCCAAAACUUGAAAUUUGAUGAUCAAAAUAUUCGUCAAUCAAAACUGGAAAUUAGAUAAUCAAAAAUAUUUUCAAUCAAAACUUGAAAUUUGAUGAUCAAAAUAUUUUUUACUGUGGGGAAUUGAUAAUCAAAAUAUUUGACCCAUAGCUUAGUUUUCGGUACAGAUAAGACUUACUCUAGUAGUUGACAUAGUUUUUGAUAGAUUUUUCGUUCAAUAUUCAAAGCGAUAUAUUAUUAUUGAAAAAAUUACAAAUAUUUAUUUGUGAUUCAUAAAAAAAUGAAUCUCUAAUCCUAGUCAACACUAAUAAUAGGUAUUUAAUGUGAUUUAUAGCUCUAGUCAAUAAUGUAAUCAAAACUUAUAACAAUAAUAAUAUGUCCGAGCACUUUUUGUUCAGGAAGUAUUUUCUGGAUUAUGUGUUUUUUCACACACAAUAAAAGCAAGUUGAA